ACGAAGUUCAACCCUGUACGGGGAUUUGCGCUAUUGAGCUAACCAGACAGGCUCAAUACAAAAGUAUUGAAAAAGAGAUUAAUUUUUUUUUGUUCAAUAUAAUUUGCAGUUUUAGCUUUGCAUUUUAUAAAUAUUGAGAUAUUUCAACUACCUAAAUUUUAAACCAGGUGAAGCUUCGGAAAUCAUCUGUUCUCAGUCUUGGUUGCAGAACGGAGGGAAUAGAGUUUUCAAGCUGAUAUUUACUGUUUGUUGCAAUGGCGAUGGCAGAAUCUUAUCCCGGGAGGUCGUCUUUAACAAGUUUCAUAGAAAAACUCGGGGGUAAAAUCAGGAAUGAGUUUAAUUUAGAAGGUACAAACGGCGUUGUAAUGUUUGUGAAAAAUAAUGUUGAAAAAUGGAAAUCCAUUCCAAUCAAUUUAGCAGUCAUUGGUGAGACUGGUGUCGGAAAGUCAACAUUUAUCAACACGAUCCGAAACUUACUGGACGACGACGAAGGGUCAGCCCUCGUUGGUGUAAUACAGACAACAAAAAUACCAACACCCUACAACCAUCCUGAGAAUGAAAAUUUAAAAAUAUGGGACCUUCCUGGGUUCGGCACAGCGGAUUUCCCAAAAUCCACAUACAUGAAAAAUAUUGAGGCGGAAAAAUUUGGUUUCUUCCUUAUACUUUCUUCGUCUCGUUUUAAGUUAGACGAUGUAUGGCUUGCUAAAGAAAUCAAGAAAACCAACAAAACUUUCUUCUUUGUUCGGACCAUGGUAGAUCGCAACAUAAAAGAUGUUAAUGGCCGCCGCACAAACAAAAUACCCGAAACCAAGUUACUUGACGAUAUUUCAAAGGAAUGCCGAGCUGUACUUAGGUCUGGAGGCUUUGAUGAUGCAGAUAUAGGUCUAUUUUUGAUUGACAGCCAUACACCGAACAGAUACGAAUUUGGUAAGCUCGGUAGAGAACUCAUUAAUGCUGCACCAGAAAAGAAACGAGAUGCAUUAACGCUAUCAAUAACGACAUUGACCAGCGAGAUGAUUGAAGAAAAAAAGAUACUUCUUGAAAAAAGGAUCUGGUAUUUUGCCGUAUCAUCGGGUGUCGUUGGUGGUAUACCAAUUCCAGGACUUGGAGUAGUUUUUGAUGCAGCUCUCCUUGUGGAAGAAGCUAUCCGAUAUCGGAAUCAGUUUGGUUUAAAUGAAAAGGGCCUACAGAAAGUAGCAAAAUGGUUAAAAAAAACCAGUUGAGGAUCUAAAGUCUUCUUUAGAACUUAAAAGCCCUGGUAUUUCUCUGACAGUGAAAGGUAUGAUAGUGUUUUUUCGAAACUAUGUUGGAGCUGAAGCUGUUGAAAACGCCGCAAGAUAUGGAAUUCCUAUCAUAGGGAGCAUAUUGGCAAGCGGAGUGUCAUUUUGGUCCACACGCAAUUGCCUACAGAAACUACUUGAAAUGAUGUAUGAAGACGCGAUGAAAAUACAACAAGUUAUACUGGAAACGCUGACCACUGAAUUAUGAAUAAGAUGGAAACAAUUAAAUAUUAACUAAACUUUUCAACACUUCUCAAUUAUCAUUUUAUGUAUAUAAAAGAUACCGUGUUUUCGGAAGCAAUAACUGUGAACUUCAUUGUGAUAUGAAAACUAACUUUAUUUGGAAUUCAAACUGAACUGCAAAUACAAACUGACAUUACUAGGAACCGAAUAAACAGGAAAUGUACAUUGCUAUAAUUUGAAAUUUUACUGAACAGAAAAUGAAGAAUGACGUUAGAAUCCUUAGACAGAACAGAAAUUGUAAUAUUACCUCAUUAGGCUAAUGGGGAAUUAUAGCGAACAGAAAGUGCGAACAAACAUUCUUGCAUAAAAACUACUUUUUUCACUGGAUCCGCCCAUGUAUAAACGGGAGAAAAAUCGUGUGCUAACAAGACAAUUCACGUGCUGUUAAUACAUGAUUUUUAUUUUUGAAAUGCUUUGCCAGGGACGUAUGUUUGUAUUUCUGUGCAGACUGAUAUUUGGCAUCUGCAUCUUGUUUCUUCCAUAAUAACCUCUUCUUGUAGCAUUAUAGAUACAAUGUAAUCCGUAGUAGCCUAUGUUUAGCUGUAUCAGUUUCCAACUCCAAACGUACUGCCCCCAUCAAUGUACGCACUAGCUUCUCUUAAGAGUUUACUUCCUUUACAAAGCGUCUGUUCAAUUAUUGUAAAUAACUGUGGAUAAAUAAGUAUCGCGUGUAACUUGUGCUAUUGCCCGUUUUUAGGUAUUAUAUUAAUGAUUUUUGUUAGUAUCAGUCGGUUUGUUUUUACCUGAUUUUUCGCAGAAUUCAUAUAAUAAACCUGGAAAGCUAGUCACUAGCUUCGUAUUCAUCCGUACUCUGUUUGUUCGUACUCAAAAUAAUUCGAAUGUAAAGUUGUUAUUCUUAAAAUAAUUGUGUUCCUGUUUAUCAAAUUUUUAAGUUAUAUGCAAAAUUAUGUGUAAUGUAACGUUUGUAAUAACUAAAAAUAAAAAUAAGAUGCUCAAAAACCUUCAAAUCAC